CCGGAGCCCGUGCUGGCGCGCCGGGUUCUCUCUCCAGUCUGCAGGUGGAUGUCGCCACUAUUUCUCCGCGUUCCACAUCUCUGCGUUCUGGUACGGAUUCUUUCUCAUGUCUUUAUUGGUAGUACUGGAAACUGGUCGGGGGCGACACCUUCUCUGUUUUUUGGGCGACCGCCGGCAUGCUGCAGAGAAAAGGUUUUUCUUUCAGUGUCGCCUCAGUGGGGCAGAUGAUGCAGAUGAGCUUCUCCGUGGAUUUCCGAUAUCAGCGAAGGGAAGAGGAAGAUGGGAUGGCUUGCGCCAUGGUCACAAACAACACCCGCCAGGUCUGGUUAUGUUGACGACAAGCCUGCUAGCUGCAAGUUGUGGCAGACAGGUUGGAGAAGUCAUGUAUGAUACUCUUAGUGCCAUCCCUUUAUUUGGCCAUUUCGUAGUCCUCUUUUCCAUUGGUUGUUUAAGUUUGUAGGUAGUUUGGAUUGCUUACCUUUCUUUUGAAAUCUGUGCGAUCAUGUGAUCUCAGUCAAUCGACGUGUUACAUGUCACCAGUUAUAUCUUUUUUGGUGGUUUGUGCUCGACAGCAGGAUUUUUCUGAUAGUGUAAUAAUAAUGCGCCCGAUGCAAUAGUUUUGAUUCCUCGUAGUUGACUCAUUUAGAUUUCUUUCAUAUAUAUAUUUCUUUAGAACAAAACAGGAAUAUACCAGUGCAGAUUUUCCUGCCAUAAAGCAUUCUCCCCUAAGAAAAGUGUAGAAAAACAUAGUUCUUAGCCGCACACGAGAAUCAUUUCCUGAACACCAUUGUCUUAAAAUGCUCCCAGAUGUACUGUUGUCAAUUGGACAAUAUAUUUGCUACUUGUCAUGCUUAGAGGAUUUUCCCUUUCAGUACUAGAAGAUCACAUCCGCAUAAGCUCAGGGUUAUGGCAUGCUUGCUCCAUGUUUUUAUUUCGUUCGUUGCCUACACGUAGUCAGUUGUACUGUUGUAGUAUUUUUCUCGAGGUUGCGGUGAACAAAUAACUCUUUCUACACUCAGUACAAACAUCAGACUAUAUUACUAUAAAUAUUGUUUCCAUUUCUUCCUUAGUCAAGUUAGCUUGCAGUUGCCUUCAAACUAUACGAGCACAGUUGGUUGGUUAAUUAAAUAAUACUGAAUUAUCUGAAUACACUUUGUGAAUACCCUCCUGUUUUCCCUUCCUCUAAUUGCCCUACUUUAUUCUUCGAAGGUAUCUCUUUUUUAAUCACACACUCUAUCUCUCUACUUGCUCCUUUUUUCCCCUCCUCUGCUACCUCUCUGUUCGCUUUGGUUUGUCUGAUUGUUGUGUCCCAAGCAUCACAGAGAUCACCACUUCCAUACCAUAAGACUUGAUGGGUGAAAGAAGAGGCGUAGUUAUUGUUUUCUUAAUCUACGAAUAGCGUAGCGGGAAAAAAGCAUAUUCACUUAUUUUAAUAUUGCUUGACCUUACUUGCCAUGAACCUACUAAACUUCUCCAUUAUAUUGCCAUGGCACAUUACAAGGCUAGAAAUCUCGCUACCAGGAAUAUAUGCAUGACGUUAACUAUGGUUUUAAUUUCUCCAGUAACAUCCUUUAUGUAAUAAUGUUCCAUUGAAAUGUCAAAAUUAAUCCCAGCCUAAAUCCCUGUGUCUUGUUGAAUGGUUCUCCAGGGAUAAUAGCAGACUUGAUAUAAACUUGAUAAGUUAUUGUGCAUUGCAGGUCCUCUCCAUAAUUAUGAGAGAAGAUAAAACAUUGUCCUUAUCUGCCGCACCGUCCUUUGGAGAUUUAAUUCUGAACCGAUCAAGAAAAAACUGAUCUGACCAUGGAUAGAUCGUGCAAUGCACACCAGAAGGAGAUCAGGGUGGAGAAAAGAUCUCCACUGAUGUCGCCUCCAGCAAAAAGGGCGGGAAGGCAGAGCGCAAUCGGAGUCCCUCCUGGUUUUCCACCAUUGAAUAGCUCCAUUGGGAAACGACUGGCUGCUGAGUUGAGCGCAAUAGCCAAGAAGAGCAAGCCCGUGCAGGAAUCUCAAGGAAGUAGGCCAGGCACAGCGAAGCGAGGCCAGAACACGCUGGUUGGGUUCCUGCCAGAGGCCAAGUUCUGUCCUCGCUUCAAGCGUACGUUCACUGGCAACCCUUGUGGCUCGCUCAAGAUUCCGAAGGUGUUCUGUCAGCACAUGAUUGGCAAUUUCCCGUUGAAAAUCAACGCGUUUGGGAACACAUGAUGUGUUAGGUUGGUGGUGUGGAGGAAGGGUAGAUAGGAUGAGCUCGGCGAGGACAACGGCAUUGCAAAAGGUGAUUCCCUGUUCUUCACCUAUAUGGUGGAUUCUUCAUUGGAGGUGGCCAUCUUCGGAAGUACUGGCUGUGAUCCGGGGCCGCAAAGAGUGCAGUUGCCUCUUGGCAUUAGGCCAGGGCCGACUUUUUCUUGCUACCGCGGUGAUCCAUGUUAUAACAUGCAUUAUAUUUAUCAAUAAAACUUCGGAGUUGCAGCGACUCUAUACUGCUGUGUCGAACUACCUUGCAACCGUAUUGUAUCUAUGAUCAGUAUGCACUUAUAUUUCUGUG